GUGGAGGUGAGCCAAAUUCGACAAUGCAUUUUAGGUAUCUGUCAAACUAACUGUGCCGCACCGCUACAUACAGACCCAGAGGACCUACUAUGUACCUAUUACCAUUCGUUCCUACGGCGGAAAUAUUAUUGGACCUUCUGCCCAUUGCAUUUGCACUACACAUCGUCGUAAGGUACCUAGGCAUGUUGGCACAACAGAUAUCCGUACUGGGUCUCAAAACGAACCCCCCACGAUCUAGAUCUACCAAGGCUUCCCAGUCAGACGGGGUUACCAAGGGAAUGGUCAAAUGUGAAAAAUCCUCCGAAGCCCAAGGACGAAAUAGGCAGAUCAAAGUCUAAGACUCUUAAGCCCAUGUAAUUGCCCGUCACUCUCAAGCCUUUUUUUGCGGAUUCUUCCAUAGGAGGGGGAGAGAAAAAAGAAGAAAGUUUAGGGGUUUGUACUAUGUAGGUAUGUAGUAGUAGUAGUAUUAAGACACCUAAGAAAAUAACCCUUGCAACUCAGUCUGGGCUCCACACGGCGGAGUGAGACAUUCGCUGCUCAGCCAAUCGUAAAGUCCCCGUUCAGCAACAUCAACUUGACGAUAACCUCACGAUUGGACUUCAUGAGACUGCAUGUUUCAGACAUAGCACGACAUACCGUGGAGAUAGGAUAUUUGGACGUCUUAAUCAUGCAUGACAUACCGUAAUAUAGGUAUCGUCUACCAAGGACUAUGAAGUGGGGGCUGAAUCAAACAGCGCCUGCGAGAUUUGGCCGCACUCCUAAGAUACCUUUUUCACCUUAAGCUUGUAAAUAAGAGAGCGGGAGUUGAAAGUUCCCUACUCAGCAACUCGGGGACUUAUCGAUUGACUGUUCCUAUGCGGC